AUGUCGGACGUGUCGAAGACCGAGAAACUGAUGGCUGAGAUCGAAGAGCUCAGAAAAGAGAACGAAAAGUUGCAGAAGAAGCUGGACAGUCAUGUCGUUGUCACGGUUUCAAAAGACUUGGAGACCGAGUUGAAGGAAAAGUUGGAGCAGAAGGACUCGGAGCUCAAACAGCUCAAUGCUCAAUGGACUGCGGAGUUCAAGCGAUUGGAGACGGAGCUCGCUAGAAAUGAGAUGGAGAAGAAAUGGAUCAGAAAGUGGGCCCAAGAGGCACACGAGAACUUCUGCGCAUUUGCUGAGCAACUGAACGACGAGACGCAGAAGAUGUCGGAGGCGAUGCGCCGAGCGGAGAGCAACUAUCAGAAGCUUCUGAAAGCCGUCAUUCUCGUGGAUAUCAAGGAGAUCGCGGAGGCGGUGAAGGGAUGCGAUUGCAAGAAGUUUAGUUCUAAAUAG